AUGAAGCUGUCGAAACAGCCCCACGACGUCCUCUCCCCACGCCUCCCCCCCUCCCCCGUCUUCCCCGGCCCCUCCGCCUCCCUCUCCCCUCACCGUCCCCCACAUUCCGCCCGCCACCCCCCCGCGCGCACACCCCCGCCGGUAGGGGUCAAGGCGCGCGGGCAGCGGGCCGGCGUGGCACACAUACCGCGACGCGCAGGCGAUAGAUACACAUACCUCGACGCGCAGCUAAUAACCAUGGCCUCUCAGCCCCACGUGAGGUAUGCGCGUGUCCCUAAUUCAGACUCUGACGCUGCUCCCGACUUCGCCGCAAGCGCAUCCGCCGCUCCUCCGUCGACCGCAGGAAGAGCGCGAGGCUCCAACGAUGCGGAUAUCCGCUUCGCUGGUCCGGACAUCCACAGGCGCGUCCCGAAGCGGUCGGUGCUGCUCGCGCUGUUCCUGCUGUUCCUGGGGUGCGCGUCGCUAGCAACGUUCUACCUCAUGCAGACGGGGCAGGUGGAGGCUGGCGCGCAGCAGAAGUGGACGUGCCUCGCCAUCGCCUUGCUCACGCUUAUGCCCGCCUUGCUCACGCUCAUGCCCGGUGAGCCUUGCUCACGCUCAUGCCCGGUGAGCCUUUCUCACGCCUGUCCACCAUCCUCACCUCUCCGUCGCUCUCUCGCCGUCAACUUUCUCUCGCGACAACCUCCCACCACUACUAGUAUGGCAUGCCUCUCUCGCUUGGCCUAA